GCAUAUUUUCGUGAGAAACGGAAACGAUUAAAGAUGCGAUCGAGUCAGCAAUCGUUGUUAUGAAUGCUUUGUAUUGUCUCAAUUAUACAUGGAUUCUUCUCGCAGUAUUUGGCUCUAGCAUAAGACAUUGUAAAUUUCCUUGAAAUUUACAGAAUGAAAUAUCUUAAUGUUCUGUCGAAGAAAUUAUAUACUCAAAAAUGACCGAUGCCCGCGUGCCGCGAAAAGCUCAAGUUGUGUUACUAAACGAGCGUAAACUCGAAUUUCUUGUACAGCCAGGACUUCUGACAAGAGAUCUCUUGGACAUGGUCGCAUCGCAUUUUAAUCUUCGCGAGAAAGUAUAUUUCGGAUUGUAUCAUACGGAUGACAUAGGGAAUAUUAACUGGUUGAGUCCCGACCGUAAGGUUCUUGAUCAUGAUGUACCAAGAUAUGCUGAUCCCAUUUUAUUCUACUUUGCUGUCAAGUUUUACGUACCAAGUAUAACCUACUUCAGGGAGAGGAACACAGUCGAGUUAUUUUAUCUUCAAGCGAAAAUUUUGAUUUUCAGGGGAAACAUUCAUUGUGACAGCAAUGUCGUAUUUCAACUUGGCGCCUAUGUUCUACAGGCAACAUUUGGUGACUUUACAAACGAUGAAACAACUCGAAGUGACAUGAAAAGAGUACCGAUUCUACCAAUAAGAACAUUAAAAGAGCAUCCAUCCCUUACACAUUGCGAGGAUAAGGUUAUUGAUCAUUAUCGUGGAAUGAAGGGGAUGAAAAGAGGACAAGCAAUUGUUGAAUAUUUAAACAAAUUUCGAAGUCUACCUACCUACGGUGUUCAUUACUAUGAAGUCAAGGAUAAGGGAGACAUUCCUUGGUGGAUUGGAAUGAGUCCUAAAGGUGUCGGAGUCUAUGAUCAUUCGGAUAAAACAAAACCAAGAAAGGUCUACAAAUGGCACCAAAUCGAGAACCUUUACUUCAAAGACAGGAAAUUUUCAGUUGAAGUCAAAAACCAUCGCAAACUUUCUGAUGUGAAUAAGGAUGAGCCUCGACGAAGAAGUCAAUCUUUGGGUCGAAGAGUAAAUGGCCAGCGUGUUAUCAUAUUUACUUGGUAUGCGAGCACGAUAUCUCAAGCAAAGGCAAUGUGGACUAUGGCGAUAAGUCAACAUCAAUUUUAUCUAAAUAAAAAGCAUGAAGAAGACAUGUUGAUCACACCAAGAACUUUGGAGGAUAUUGCUAAUGAUUUAUCUCAAACUUCGGCAUCUUUGAAUUCAUCCAUGGUAUCCGUGAUGUCCGAUUUGAGUGAGCCCAGUGAAAGUGGACUUUCAUCAAAUGGUGUUGAAAACGACACGUCUAACGAAAUUGAACGCAAAGAAGAGAUCGCACGCAAAGAAGAAAUCGCACGCAAAGAAGAGAUCGCACGAAAAGAAAAGAUCGCCGUGCUGACGGCUAGGAAGGAAGCUUUGGAAUUGCGAUUGAAAGAGAAGACGGAGGAGCUGCGACAAAUUUGUUUUCGAGAAGCAAUGAUCAUAGGAGAAUAUCCACCUGAGUACCCGCAUAAUCCCAACUUCCCGCCUCCACCGAUACGAAAACGAGUGGGAACAUCCUUUCCAAUAUCUGGAAUUGUGAAAGAUUCCGAGGAAAAGGAGGAAAAGCUUCACAAGUUAGAAGUAGAUCUUGAAAUUCAAUCGAAAAUUACGGAUGCUGCUAUGAAACUGGCUAACGAUCCGACGGCAAGCAAGAAUAUACGCAAGUCUCGGCAGGAUAGUUACCAAUCGUCCGUUUACAAGUUAAAAACAAUUCAAGAUGCUUUAAGGCGAAUGAAGGAGAAUCACAAUAGCAAUAUCGGAUCAGAUGGCACCAGCAUUACAUCCAACGAGGACGAAGUGGAGAGCAAAGUCAAAGUAUCAUUGUCACGAAGGUCCAGUUUCGAGGCAGCCACUGGACAGCGUAGACCAAGCAAUGACGGCUCCCUUGAUAGCACGACUACCACGCAUGGGCAUAGAGAUACGCCCUUCACAUCCGGCUCGACGUCUUCGAACGAGGAAACUGGUGUUCGUGUUCAUGAAAAAAGACCGUCGCUUGAGACGCCAGCGUUUGCAUCGACUAGUGAAAUCAACGAGAUGCUCUAUAGUAAUCGUUUGAAACAUAAGUUAACUAGUUCUAGUGCGUUAAUGAGUCGACUCGGCUCGAACUCAUCGACUUCGUCCAUCUCCAGUGUCUUCACUGACAGUCAUCGACCACCUCCCCCAUCUUACUCACAAAGCCGAUAUAGUAGACGAGAUCUCUUUCAAAGUUCUACCCCACCGCUAUCAAGGAGACGGGGCUCCGCCCCAGGUAUUUUUCACGAAUACAGCAAUCGCCUUGAGCAGAGAUACAACCAUCCUCCAGUUAGAAACAAUCGCUCACAUGCUGUUGCUAACGUCACGAAGGUUCACUACGUGAGUAGCAAAGAGACGCCAUCGCAAAGCGACAGCGACUAUAACAGCGAUGACGUCACAAACAAUCGCGCGUCUACGAUGGCGCGCAUUUCAUACGGUAAUAAAUCGGGAACGAGUUCGCGGAGAACGUCGACAAGCAGUCGACCUGCAAUCGUCGAGGCUCGAUAUAAUGAUCCUGCUGCACUGGGGAUAAUGAAUAACAGCGAGAAUACCGGUUCCUAUUUCCUUCACGACACUCUGAAAACUGCAGGUUCGAUGUAUAAGGAAAAGGCUCGCGUGUAUACGUCUACGUUGGGCCUUAAUCACACCAGCUAUCGUCCAGAAACAUUACCUCGCUCGUCUCACUACAGUACUUCUAGUCGUAGUUCAAACGUAGAAAGGAGAACGGCACUUAUGAAUAGAUUUUUCAACGAUGGCAGAGGAAAUUGGUCCAGUGAAGGUGAGGGUUGCGAGAGCCUUGUAUAGCGUGAUUUGGUUUGUACAUGAAUUCUCAAUAGCUGCAUAUACAAGCUGCGUCCAUAAAUUGUCAAUUAUUGCCCCGAAGGAUCGUCUUAAAUAUGUCAAAAUAAUUGAUGAAAAAGUGUUUAUCGUUGUGGAAUUCAUUUCAAAGGAAAGGCGAGAACUAUAGAGAUUUUAUGUCGCUGAUUCUGAUUUAAUUCCAAUGAUUAAUACAACAAUUCUCGGCAAACUAACGUGUAUAGAAAUGAGAUUUUACUGAAAACAUAGAAAUGCGUGUUGUGUCUGUACUUUCGCUCCUGACUAGUAAAAUUAAGAUUCACAGGAAUAUACAGAUCUAAGUAAUUCUUACCCUAGCUGUUCUAGAUCUGAUUGAAAGAAAAGUUGAGGGACUGGUAACCAGCGCCAGCACUUAGACUAGGGAGUAAUAUAUAGUAUAAUAUAAUCAUAUAUGUAUAUAGAUAUUGUAAAUAAAAGAUCGUAUUGCGGGCGCUAAAUUAUUAUUUUAGUCUUUAUUGUACUAAUUUAGCUUCCAAAGUGAUUAAGCGCGAUUUCAAUAUCGCCAUUUACAAAAACAGGAACAUAUAUAUAUAUAAUUUUAUACCUAUUCUCGUUAUUUAAUUUAUAUAAUUUGAUUUCUUGGCUCAUUUGUAUAUACAAAUAUAUCCUACUUGAAAACACUGUA